GCAGAGCUCCUUGGAUUUCACGGGAGACAUUCUUUUCUGUCAUGGAGUUGGCCAAAAUGUCAGACAUGACAAAGCUCCACCAAGCUGUGGCUACAGGGGACUAUAACUUAGUGAAAAAGAUUUUGAAGAAAGGUCUCUGUGACCCAAACUAUAAAGAUGCAGACUGGAAUGACCGGACCCCACUUCACUGGGCUGCAAUCAGAGGGCAAAUGGACGUGGUGCACCUCCUGAUAGAAUAUGGAGCCAGGCCCUGCCUGGUAACAGAUGUAGGCUGGACCCCAGCUCAUUUUGCUGCCGAGUCAGGCCAUCUGAAUGUCCUCAGAACUCUCCAUGCAUUGCACGCAGCCAUCGACGCCCCAGACUUCUUUGGUGACACCCCAAAGAGGAUUGCACAGAUCUAUGGGCAGAAAGCCUGUGUGGCAUUUCUGGAGAAGGCUGAGCCCGAGUGCCAGGACCACCGCCGUGCUGCCCUGCAGAAGGGGCUGCCUCUGGAUGACCGGGAUGGAGACUGGGAGGCCAAGAAAAGGGAACUGGAGCUGUCUCUUCCCUCCCCAAAUCAAAACACUAAUAACAAGAACAAGAAAAGCCCAGGCCGCACCAGGCCCACCCAUACCAAGAAGAGGAGAGCGUGAGAGCAACUUGAACACAGGAUUUCUGCAGGCACGUGAGAUUAUCAUGUGACUUUACUCAUGAGCCCUUGCCCAGGUAGCUUCUGCCAGAAGGGCUUGACAGUCAUUCUGUUUGAAAGUCUUGCUUGGGUACUCUUUACAGGGAUGGCUGUUUCCUUCCUAAAACCUGCUGUCCACAAGAAUUACCAGGACGGGACAAAAGCUGCUGCUUUUUGUCACCAGUGAUUUGCAUCUCCUGACCCUCCUUCCCUUACCAGCACAGAAUUUCAGAGGAUAAGAAGAUAGUUCUCCUGAAGAAACUUGAUUUUUCUCAAUGUUAAAAAAAAGUA